AUGCAUGACGUGAUGCUUCCUGUAGGGAUGCUACUACUAAGGUGUUGAUUAAGAUGAGACGUACAUAUCCAUUUGGUGUUGAUCCCAAAUGGCAUGGUACACAGAGUGAGAUGCUAUUUCUCAAUUCUUUGAGAUGAAAAUGUCCAUCCUUCUUGGAGUUGUACAAAUGAACCUUGGAAUUUUCUUGAGCUAUUUCAAUGCAAAGUUCUUUGGGAAUAGUAUUAAUAUUUGGUAUCAAUUUGUUCCUCAGUUGAUAUUCUUGAACAGCCUGUUUGAUUACCUUUCUCUACUCAUCAUUGUAAAAUGGUGCACUGGUUCAAAAGCAGAUCUAUACCAUGUGAUGAUAUACAUGUUUCGUAGCCCAAUAGAUAAACUUGGUGAGAAUGAGCUAUUUCCUAGCCAAAAGAUGCUUCAGCUUGUAUUACUUGGGCUAGCCCUUAUAUCUGUUCCUUGAAUGUUGUUUCCAAA